AUGAAGGUUGACAAGACACUGCAGCAGCCUAUCCGUCAGUUCCAGGUGGUGGGGCGGCAGCGUCCUGCUGCAGCAGCAGCAGCAGCAGCAGCAACUCCGGUCUACCGGCUGCGGCUGUUUGCUGCGAACUCCGUGCUGGCGGUUUCGCGCUUUUGGCAUUUGCUGCGGCAGCUGCGGAAGGUCAAAAGGGGCAGCGGCGAGGUUUUGGGGGUUUGCGAGCUAAACCCUAAAAGAGGGACUUUCGCGAAAAACUUCGGGGUUUGGCUGCGCUACGACAGCCGCACUGGCAGCCACAACAUGUACAAGGAAGUCCGGGCUCUUUCCGAGAAUGCAGCAGCAGCAAACAUUCUGGCUGAGAUGGCGGGGAGACACAGGGCCCUGGCUUCCAAUAUUCAGGCGAGGGUUUAG